AUGGAAGGUCGGAUGGAACCUUGCGUCGGCACCGUCGUGACGUGGUUCGUCUCUGCACGUCGCUUGACAGCCGGUGACGGGAUGGAUCUCCACAUCGACAUCGCCUUGACGCGCCCACCCUCGCCGACGGAGACCGCGGCUUACGGCGAAUUCGAGUCGCUCUCCACUACAACCCGAAGUCGUGGUCCCAUAGUGGAGUUCGGCCGUGCCACAACGGCACAUGGCAGCCCUAUUCAGGGAUGGCACUGCCAGCCCCCACGAGGGGAAGGGCCUAGAAAAGGUGGCCUAAACCUUGCUGGGUACCACGCCGUCUCCAGGCUAGCCAGGGCCGCAGACGUCUAAUCAUGGUCGAAACAAUCAAAAUCGAAACAACAACAAUACCAAUAACAACAACAACCUUACUCAUUCUCCUCAUCCUACCUCUUCUGCCCCUUCCUCGGUCUAUUCUUCUCCUUCGUCACCUUCUUCUCCAUCUCCCUCCAGUCGCCCCACUCGUCGUCUCCAGACUGGCAGGGUGAGUCCGCUCACUCUGGCAGCCUGGAAUGUUCGUUCCCUUUUAGACAAUCCGCGGAGCAACCGACCGGAAAGGAGGACAGCGUUAGUGGCACGAGAACUGGCGCGCUACAAGGUGGACAUCACCGCACUCAGCGAGACCCGUUUCUCCGAACAAGGCCAACUGGAGGAGGUGGGUGCCAGCUACACCUUCUUCUGGAGCGGUCGACCCAGGGCAGAGCGACGGGACGCGGGCGUCGCCUUCGCCAUUCGGAACGACAUCGUGGGACGACUGCCCUGUUUGCCUCAGGGCAUCAACGAUCGCCUGAUGAGCCUCCGCCUGCCUCUCUGGGGAGGCAAAUUCGCCACCAUCAUCAGCGCCUACGCUCCGACCAUGA